UGAAGAUAGCAAGCCAUGUAGACCCAGAGAUUGUGUGAUUGUCUUGGAUUUAUCAGCAAGAGACAUGCUUGUGCCAACAUGGCUGCCAAACGGGAAUGUUUUCUUGUAGGCCUGCUAUUUACCGUGGUACUGGCAUUGGGAGGUAAACAAGGAAAAAGAAACGCAAAUAGAGCUGUUACUUGCACAUCUACCAGCUUCAUCUGUAGGUAUGAUGGGUCAUGUAUAGACAGGACCUGGCUCUGUGACACUGAGAGGGAUUGCCCUGAUGGAGCUGAUGAGAUAGCUUGCCCGACUGACUGCUCAGGAGCCAACCAGUUUAAGUGUCACAAUGGCAAGUGUAUACCAAGAAGUUACAGAUGUGAUGGGGACAAUGACUGUGGUGACAGCAGUGAUGAGACGAUCUGUUCAGGUUCUACUUCGAGCUGUCCAGUCUCUAACGAGUUUAAAUGCAGCAAUGGAAAUUGUAUCCCAGCGUCCUUCAAAUGUGAUGGUGAUAAUGACUGUGGUGAUCUUAGUGAUGAGCUGGGUUGUCACAGCGCAAGUACGUGUGCUGCUGGGGAACACCUGUGUCCAGGAGAGAAUAAAUGUCUGCCUCAGAAGUGGAUUUGUGAUUCUUACAAAGAUUGCCAGGAUGGCUCAGAUGAGGCUGUGUCUUGCCCCACAGACUGUAGUCACAUGAACAUGUACAAGUGUAGAAACGGCAAGUGUACCUCCAGAGAAUUCGUGUGUGACGGACACAACGACUGUGGUGACUCGUCGGACGAGUUCGACUGUGAACACUUUGUAUGUCUUCAGGGCGAGGUAAAGUGCGAUAACUUCAUCUGCAUCGAAGGCUUCAAAAGAUGCGACGGCAAAAACGAUUGCGGCACAGGCUACGACGAACGUGGAUGCAGCGGUUGAGUUACAGCCCUUGAACCAUCGGUUUGUGAGAUCAAGUGAAAGAAAAAUAGGUGCAGAAGCUCAAUAAAAUAUUUGGACUUUGUUUAA